AUGUUUGCAGAAAUGGGGCAGAGAGCUGCUACAUUUAGGUUUGGGCUUUUAUACUUAUCCUUGGUGUUUACUUUGUUGGUCAAGGAGUCAAGGAUUUUUUCCUGGCACCUUUCUGCUGCGCCUGUUGUUGCUGUUAUAGCUAACAUCACUGUUAAAAAUGAAAUGCAGGCAGCCGGAACUCAUAAUAGGUCGUUGCUACCCAGCGCUGCCUAUGUUCCCGUCUGCUUUGGAGCAUCUUUAGGCAUGUCCUCCACUCAGGAACAUCCACGCUGUGACCUUCCACCCCCGAAUCCCUUGACAAGCCUUCGCUUCGGCUCAGUGGCUUCUUCCUUCUGGGACUAUGGCCUGUGCUGGUUUCCAUCCUAA